UCACGUCACGUCACCAUGUCUUUGUUCCUUAUUUUUUCAACCUUUCAACCCCAAUCCCUUUAUCUUUUAGCGCUUAAAUACUCACCUUCUAUACAUAUUACUCUCCGUUCGAUUCAGAUCUAAACCAACCACUCCGCUCGCCAUGGUGGAAGCAGGCGGCAAUGGCUCCUCGGCGCCGCCUCCGGCAACUCCCUACGAGAAGGCAUUGGCCGCUCUAUCCUCCUUGAUCACCAAACGCAGUCGUGCCGAUAAGAGCAACAGGGGCGACCGCUUCGACCUCCUCUUCGACUAUCUCAAAAUUCUGGAGUUGGAGGAGCCAAUUGCACAGAUGAAGAUUAUUCACGUUGCUGGCACCAAAGGCAAGGGAUCCACCUGCACCUUCACAGAGUCGAUAUUACGCCAUUGCGGUUUUCGCACUGGACUUUUCACGUCUCCUCAUCUCAUUGAUGUUCGAGAAAGAUUUCGGUUGGAUGGUGUGGACAUCAAUGAAGAGAAAUUUUUAGCAUAUUUCUGGUGGUGUUUCGAGAGACUUGAGGAAAAAGCUACUGACGAUAUACCAAUGCCUACCUACUUUCGCUUCCUUGCCUUGCUUGCCUUCAAAAUAUUUGCAGCAGAACAGGUAGAUGUUGCUAUCCUGGAGGUUGGGUUAGGCGGUAGGUUUGAUGCAACGAAUGUGGUUCAGGCACCUGUUGUCUGUGGUAUAUCUUCCCUUGGCUAUGACCACAUGGAGAUUCUUGGAAAUACUCUGGGAGCAAUUGCAGGGGAGAAGGCUGGAAUCUUCAAGUCUAGGGUUCCUGCCUUUACUGUGCCUCAACCUGAUGAAGCAAUGCGUGUACUGGAAGAGAAGGCUUCUCGGUUGGAUGUACCCCUUCAACUCGUACGACCGUUGGAUCCUAAUAUGCUGAAUGGCUUAAAACUUGGGCUAGAAGGCGAGCACCAGUAUGUUAAUGCUGGUCUUGCUAUUGCACUGUCCUCUACAUGGCUCCAGAGGACCGGUCACCUUGAAUACCCCGAACAUAGUACCUCUCUGCCGGAGCAAUACAUCAAAGGACUAACUGCUAAAGUCAGUUUACAAGGACGGGCUCAAAUAGUUCCUGAUCGCUUUAUUAACAGCGAAAGCCCUGAAGAUCUCGUGUUUUAUUUGGACGGUGCACAUAGCCCAGAAAGCAUGGAAAUAUGCGCUAGAUGGUUUUCUCAUUCUGUUCAGCCACCCGGUACUUCUAGAUCAUCACAUGAUUGGGUACAGAGGCACCCUAUUGAAACAGUCAGGAAGAAUUCAGAACAGAUAUUGCUGUUUAAUUGUAUGUCAGUGAGGGAUCCUCAGUUGCUUCUUCCGAACCUGAUGAAAACAUGUGCCAGUCACGGUGUCUACUUCAAGAAGGCUCUGUUUGUACCAAACACAUCAGUGAAUCACAAGGUCGGAUCGCAUUCCUUGCCUCCGACUGAUUCUCAGGUGGAUUUGUCGUGGCAGUUCGCUCUUCAAAAAGUGUGGGAAAAUUUAAUGAUGGGUAACAAAGGCACUGUUCGUGAAGAACUAACAGAUGAUAAGGAAAUCGCCGUCAAAAGUUGCGAAAAUAGUGCAGUUUUUCCGUCCCUCCCGUCAGCUAUACAAUGGCUCAGGGACAGUGUCCGGCAAAGUAAAUCUGUCCGUUUUCAGUUUAUAUAUCAGGUCCUUGUAACUGGUUCGUUACAUCUUGUUGGCGAUGUGUUGAGAUUCAUCAAGAAAUGAGGCGUACUACGAAGCUGAAGCCUCCUAUUUGCAAGUCUGUCGAACUUCAAGAUUUUCUGUAUUCGCUUGGGAAAAGCCAUGAACCGUUCUAAUUUCCCAGGGACUCCGAGGUGGUCAAGUGCCGACUGCCUCAACGUGCUUCUGCUACAUACUGUAUGUUCUCAACUGCCACAUAUUUCGUGUCGGCGUUUCUUAGCGGCUACAUUUAAACAAGAUACCGGCGUUUUGUUUGAGGGUGGGGCUAUUUUCCUCACCCCUGUAUCGCUAUAACAACACGACCUUAUUGAGACGUUUCAUUUCUUUGUCGACGGAUUUGUUUGUAUGAAAGACAAUAAUAUCUGCAAUUUCAGUCAUGUUUUUCAGAAAAGCAAA